UUGUCGCCUCUCGUACACACUGCUCUCUACCCUGUCGACUAUCGCCGUUAUCUAGCCGCGCCGCAGCGUCAUCACCACUCGCCGAGCACCCCAGCCUCACUACAGGGCUCUCUCACGACUCUCCCAACCCACUCCCUCCACCACCGUCUCUACACCGUCACCAUGCGCCGCUCGUCCAGCAUCAGCAGCAUCAGCUCGUCCAGCUCCGAGUCCGAGGAGACGAUGCAGAUCUUCGUCAAGACCGUGUCCGGCAGCAGCACAAUUCCUCUCACAAUCCCUUCAAAUACAUCCAUAAGCACGCUGCGCUCUCUCCUCGCCCUCCGCACCAACCUCUCCGCUCCCUCGGACCUGCGCAUCGUCCACGCCGGCAAGCACCUCUCGUCACCCGACACCACCCUGGCUGAUUACGCCAUCGGGCCCAAUUCCACCCUCCACCUCGCCCUUCCUCUGCGCGGCGGAAUGCCCCCCAAGAAGAUCCGCUGCUCCUUCAAGGACUGUAAGGACCGCGCCCAGCCCAUCGUCGGCGACUGCGGCUUCUGCAAUGGCCGACACUGCAGUCGUCAUCGCAUGCUCGAGGACCACAAGUGCGUGGGACUCGAGGACUGCAAGAAGGAGAGCCACGACCGGAAUGCGGAUAAGUUGAACAGCGAGCGCACCGUUGCUAUCAAGGGCGUUUGAGUCACGGCGGUUGGGACACCCACGGCGUGUG